CUUCCAAUAAGAAAACAUUUACUCACACACAUAAACAGUAAAGUAAUUUUUUGGCGAACAUUUACGAAAUUUCCGUAGUUCAAACGUUUUAAAAUGCACAUAAAUCUAUUGCUCAGCAAUAAUAAUAGAGUGCAGUGAAAGCGAAAUUGAGCAGAGGAAUUGAGAAGAGAAUCCAUCAUCAUAUUAAGACAACAAAUUAAUCGUGCCAACCGUUCAACGUGUGUAGGAGGCCUCGGCCAUGGAGGAGAAUAUGUGGAUUAUUGAAUUGGAGUCGGCGCUGCUGGACGAUUGCAAUGUGAAUGACAUCUUUAGCAUUUGCCAAGGCAAACCGCUGCCGGAGGCCCUGCGUCCGGAUGUGUGGCAGGUGUGCCUCGAUGUGCGUCACAAGAGCGAUCAAAUGUCGCUCUUCAAUGAAAUCUAUGAUCUGCCAUUUCAAAGUCAAUUGCGCGAGGAUUGCAAGCGCUACGUGGAACGCAUUGGCAACGAUGAGGAAGAUAAAGUGUCAGUCGUGUCCGAUCUGGAAUCCAUUAUGACAUUCUAUUGCAAGAAUCGCAACCUACAAUACGAAGCAGACAAUGGCUGGAUUGAGUUGUUACUACCGCUCUUUGCACUCAAACUAAACCGAUCCGAUACCUUUAAUCUAUUCGAGUCCAUAAGAGACACUUAUAUACCCAAGGGUUGCAAACCCAAGGGAAAUGUCUUCCAUGUGUUUCGGUUGCUGUUGCUGUAUCAUGAUCCUGAGCUCUGCACUGUGCUGGAUACGAAGAAAAUCACACCAGAUCUGUAUUCGCUAACGUGGUUCCAAUCGCUGUUCGCCUCGUGCAGCAGCCUCUCGGUGAUCAUUGCCAUGUGGGAUCUGUACUUUCAGAAUGCCGAUCCAUUUAUGGUGUUCUUCUUGGCGCUCAUCAUACUGAUCAAUGGACGUGAGCAGAUCAUGGCACUGAAGACGUCAUCGAAGGAGGAGAUUAUCAAGUUUCUCAUCAAUAUGCCGUGUGCCCUGGAGGUCGAUGAUGUGCCAGACUUUUGCUCGUUGGCGCAGUAUUACGCAUUGAAGACGCCGACGUCAUUCAAGACGGAUUAUCUAAAGGCGUUGUAUGGCAAACAGAAUGACUCACCACGCAGUCAAGAGGAGUCCAACAAAGUGUCGCAAGCGCUGUGUUUGCCAGUUUCCGUUUAUGAGCUCGUGGAGAAUUCUGCGACAGAAUUUCCAGUGCAGGAUGCAGUGCGUUUCUUUUUGGUUGAUUGUCGGCCGGCGGAGCAAUACAAUGCUGGGCAUUUGUCGACGGCAUUUCAUUUGGAUUGCAAUUUAAUGCUGCAGGAGCCAGUGGCCUUUGCCACAGCCGUCCAAGGAUUGCUCACAGCACAGAAGCAGGCAAUUGAGGUGAACUCAAAUGCGGGCGGUGAACAUUUGUGCUUCAUGGGCAGUGGACGUGUGGAAGAGGACCAAUACACACACAUGGUGGUGGCCUCAUUCCUGCAGAAGAACACACACUAUGUGUCCUUGCUCACUGGUGGCUACACAUCCAUACACGACUAUUUUGGUGAUCACAUGGCCGACUGCCUGGAGGAUCACAGUGUGAGCAAGUGUCUCGUCUGCCAGCAGCACAAUGUCAAGACCAAAGCGGUGCCACUCAAGCUGCCUGCAACGACGCCAUCGUCCACGGAUCUGUUUAGCAAAUUCUCCGCGGCCAUGAAGUCCAAAUCGGCUGAGGUCAAAGGACGCCUGCUCGACAUUAUUGUGAAUCCCAGCUCAAAUGGUGCCAACGCUACUGCGGCUGCCAACAAUGGAGCUGGAGCACCUUCGUUAGCCGCGCAGGAGCGACACGUGAGUGCCAAGGAUCGCAAUGGCAAACGCUAUCGCAAUGUGGCGCCCGUCUUUAGCAUCGACGAUGAGAACGAGGAUGCCUACGAUGCGGGUGAAAAGGAUGCGCCGCUGGCUGCCGGCGAAACGAAAGAGAUUGUCAAUCUCAAUCAAUAUUUCAAGACCGCCGACAUUAUCAAUGCAUUCAAGUGUCAGGAUGUGCACAUGAAUGGCUAUAUGUACGAUAGCCAUUUGAUUAUAACACCCACACAGCUGGUUGUGUUACGUGAAUUGGGCGGCGGCCAAGCUCAAAUAAUGGUGCGAAGACCGUUGGCCAGCAUUGUGAAGAUCACUGCGAAGAAGCGUCAUCGCAAUCUGAUUACGUUCAAGUAUGGUUUUCCCGAUGGCGACGGGCUGCUCAUCACGGACAUGGAUCGCUUUCUCAUACCAAAUGCCACGGAGGCAACGGCGCUCGUCUCCAAGCACAUUGUCCAGGUGCUCGACAAUGCUAAAUAAAGCAUCACAAUUACCACACAAGUCAAUAGUCAAGCCCAUCUACUGCUGUACAUCAUACAAUUACACCAAUCCCCCUUUUAGACCUACACACACACACACACACAGAUACUAUGCAAGUGCAAUGCUUUAGUCUUAAGCUGGCAAAUGUUUUCCUUGGACAAUAUAUCAAUAUUGAAUUGGCAUUAGCGUAAAUUAACCCAAUAACUAUGCAAUUUGUAACAUAAAACACCAACUCCCUCGUCCCUGUAUUACAAGCAAAUUAAACAAUAUAAUGAAUGCAACUUAUUUGAUACCCUAUGUCGCUCUUGUUAUCCCAAAGCAACCCUCUAAAUGCUAAGUGUAUAAAUAACGGAUUAAACAAAACCUUAGAAGCCUUGAGACUUACAAUAUGUAAAGAUUAUAACAAAAAUAUUUAUUGCAAUUAAACAAGGUAUAAAUAAACUAUGUACUAUAUUCAAAACAAAG